CAUUUACUUCAUAACUGUAUACAUAGUUUGUUGGUUAUUCGUAUAAAAGCUAAAGAGAUAGCAGGUCUGAUGAGCCGCAUAGUGUUUGAGAGAUUAUUUUUACGGUUAAACGUACCCAUGGCUCGAAACUCUUCUACUGCCUUCCUCAUCGAGGAUCCUAAGUACACGUUCUUAAGGGAGUUGGGAUUGGAUAAAAAGAAUGUUGGUGUAUUCAACGGUAAUUGGAAAGCUAACGGACAAAUAAUCCAGUCAUUUAGUCCAGCUCACGGCAAAGUUAUAGCCGAAGUUCAAGCGGCAAAUGCUAACGACUACGAGGAAUGUGCUGUCGCGGCCCAGGCAGCCUGGCACUCGUGGGCAGAGUUGCCACCGCCAGCGAGAGGUGAAAUUGUCAGGCAAAUAGGAGACGCUCUUAGGGAGAAAUUGCAGCAGUUGGGACAGCUCGUCUCAUUAGAAAUGGGUAAAAUUCUACCGGAGGCCAUAGGCGAAGUGGUGGAAUAUAUUCAUGUUUGUGAUCUGGCUCUUGGUCUAUCUCGAACGUUGCCCGGCACUAUAUUCCCAUCAGAGCGACCUGGUCAUGUGCUUCUAGAGAAGUGGAACCCGCUCGGUUUGAUCGGCAUUAUAUCAGCUUUCAAUUUCCCGGUCGCUGUGUAUGGUUGGAAUAGCGCUAUUGCAAUGGUAUGUGGGGACGUCAGUAUAUGGAAGCCUUCGGAUACAACACCACUAACGGCUAUAGCGGUCACGAAGAUAGUGGAAAGUGUGUUGCGGAAGAAUAACAUACCUGGUGCGAUCGCUUCAUUGUGCGUCGGUGGUAAAGAUAUCGGGCAGCAACUUGUUAAAGACGACAGAGUGAAGCUGGUGUCCUUCACCGGCAGCACUGCCGUGGGGCAGCAGGUCGGUGUUGAAGUACAGAAACGCUUCGGUCGCCACCUAUUGGAACUUGGUGGCAAUAAUGCCAUAAUUGUGAAUUCUGAUGCAAAUUUGGACUUACUGCUAAAUGCUGCUCUCUUUGCUUGUGCUGGGACAGCCGGUCAGCGCUGUACGACCACCAGACGUCUGCUUAUACAUAAGCAAGUGUUCAGUCAAGUAGUAUCUAGACUUAAAACCGCAUACGCAGGUGUGGUAAGCAAAAUCGGGGAUCCAUUGCUCUCGGAGACUCUGAUUGGACCUCUGCACACGCCAACUGCGUUGGAAGCAUACAAAAAAACUGUGGCAGAAGCAAUCAAACAAGGAGGAAAAAUAGAGUUUGGAGGAAAGAUCAUAGAGCGCGAAGGCUACUUUGUAGAGCCGACUAUCGUCACAGGCCUACCUCACGAUUCACCGUUAGUGAAGAACGAAUGCUUCGCGCCCAUUGUCUACUGCAUCGAAAUACCAGAUUUAGAAACUGGAAUAAAGUAUAAUAACGAAGUUGAACAGGGACUAUCAUCAAGUUUGUUCACAGAAAAUUUGGGUGAUGUUUUCAAGUGGAUUGGCCCUCAUGGGUCCGACUGCGGAAUCGUGAAUGUGAAUAUUCCAACGAAUGGGGCGGAGGUGGGUGGUGCGUUCGGUGGUGAGAAAGCAACCGGUGGAGGUCGUGAGUGUGGCUCCGACUCCUGGAAGAACUACAUGCGCCGUUCCACCGUCACUAUUAACUACUCCGGAGCUAUUAAACUUGCGCAAAACAUCAAAUUUGGCGAUGAUUAGAUUUAAAAUUAUAGGAGAACACUCAAGAUACUACUUUAUAAGUAGUCAUCGUAAACUUCUUAUAGAUUUUGGUUUGAGGAUAUCAUUUAGUAAUUAAGCAAAGGUCAAGACUGAUUGUGAUUUAUAAUAAAAUUACCAAUAUG